CUAAAAGCUAAUUAAUCACGGUUAAUCUCCUCCAGUAUUGCUUUAAUGUCUUUGGUAUUAUACAAUCCGUCGCUUGACGUGGUGAUCCAUGACCCCACGAAACACGCCGCUGUGGUGUACAACAAAGAAACCAAUAAGCUUGAGCUUCUCCAAAUCGAAGGGUCGGAAGAAUCUGAUGGUAUCAUUCAGCUUGAAGGGACUCAGUACGAUAUCUUGUAUAAACCCCACGAGAGACGGGGCUCAGAAACCCCUAUACCCCCGCUUUUCAGCUGCCCCAGCUGUGGAUACAGCUUCCAGUUUGCCAAUGGAAAGGCACGGAGCGCUUCGUUUUUCCUGGAGGCAGAGCCUGAAAAUGGGCUCAUUCCGGGUCCAGUCUACAUCAACCACAACUACUUCCAGUACCUCCGAGACUCCACAGCCGGGGAGAGCCCUCGAUCUUCCCUCCCUGAUUCUAUUUUUACGGCAGAUUACUUUGCCAACUUCUUCACCCCAAUCUGCAAGCUAGGCACGGGCGCUAAUGGCGUGGUACUCAAGGUGUCGCAUCAGUUGUUCAACUACAAGCUUGGAACGUAUGCACUCAAGAAGAUUCCCUUGACCGACGAUAUGGAGUACUUGUACCGGUGCUUGAACGAAGUUUCGCUAGUAUACGAGCUCCACAGCGUAAACCUCGUGAAGUACUUUCAUGUCUGGUUGGAAAUCGUCCAGGAGGAUGGCAGGCUCGGCGUUCCCGAGGGCACGGCUCUUCCUAUGUGUUUCAUUCUCAUGGAGUACUGCGAGGGCGGUGACUUGGAGGUGCUCUUGGACGAGUUUCAAAGUGAUAAGAUCAACCUCCAGCAGGAGCGGAUGAAACGUCGCGAGGCCCGCGGAAAACAGACGGUAAAGAAGGGGUCGGACUCCAGGUUGUUGAAUACCGUCGAGAUUGUCAAGUUCUUCAGGGAUAUCGUCAACGGGGUGCACGAUUUGCACUCUCACCGCGUGUUACACCGCGAUCUCAAGCCAUCCAACUGUUUGUUAAGCCUGAAGUACGACCGAAGCGACUUUGGGAAACUCACAGGGACAAAUGUUGGGGUUGAGAGGGACCAGGUUCCGGUGGUGAUGGCGCUGCUACCGACCAUUCUUGUGUCUGAUUUUGGCGAAACCCAAUUCGAGGGUCAAGCUCGAACGGCCACUGGUAACACCGGUACAGUGGAGUUCACUGCGCCUGAAUUGUUCCCCAUUGAUGCAGACCAUAUCCAGCAAUUCCGCAAAGAAAGUGAUACCUACAGCUUGGGCGUCAUUUUGGUGUCUCUCUGUUUUGGUGAGCUACCAUUUGCUCGUAAAGAUGAGGCAGUGACAUUUGAGGAUGUCGUGGGGGCCUAUCUACAGGUUGAUGGCAGUGGUUCUCCCCCAUGGCUAGGCCGGUUGAUGCUGAAAAGACUGGCAAAUCCCCGCAACGAUCCGUUGCCAUCUGCGCUUAUAGACCUCAUGGUGCGGAUGGUUUCAAUGGACUAUCACGACCGACCGCUAACCGAGGAGAUUUUACAUCUUUUGGACCACCAAGUGAUCCCUUUCCUCGGAAACCCCGCGGCUUUCGCUGUGCACACGGAUGUUUUAUCGCGUACGAUAUCAUCCGGGAGCCAACACACGUUGCUUCUUGCUCGAACCGAUUCGGCGGAGAGUUCUCGAGUGGGACUGGACUCUGACGAUUUCACGUACUACUCUGACCAUCCGGAGAGUACAUUCGAAGACGAGGAUUCUGAUAGUGUGGAUGAACCGCGAGGGAAGAGCGCCACUGUUGCGGACGGAUACAAGGUGUGGAUUACCAGUGGGGUAUUAAUGUGGGGCCAGGCCAUUUUAGUUAGCUACUUUUUGGGACACAGCCACCCAGAGAGAAGUGCUAAAAAUGCUAUUUCCAUCGUCCAGCCGGGUAUAUACGUGUUAAUUGGUCUCAACCGAGGCAGCCUCAAUGUUUUUGGAUGUGGAAUCGCUCUUUUGGUGCUCAUGGCAUAUACUGCUAGCGUUUAUGGCUAAACCCCAACCACCUAUUGGGUCACUAUUCCCAAACUAAGUUUUGACUUACAAUAGAGAUAUAUAUUCCCAACUUAAAUAUCUGGAUCGUUUCCUUUUUGACCCAGUGCUCUCUAAAAUGAACACCAACGAGUUGAAGCGUGGAGUAGACGCAGGUAGGUGACCAUGUGGCUGGAAUGGAUCUAAUCCCAUCUAGUAAUUUAAUAGGUAUGGCUAAAAGCAUAGAAUAGAUUACUGGUCUGAU